GGCAAACGAGGCACGAGGGUCACCAAGGAUUUCAUUCAAAACGAGUCGACCCGGCCAGGAUGAAGUCAGUUUUUCGUCGUCCUCGGUAAAGCGAACAACGCGCGGCACCAAACGCGAGGCAACACCCGGGUGGGAACCAGACCUUUUCCGAAUCGAAAGCGCGGAACACGGGAACACAGUCGGUCCUCGCCAGCGCCAGAGGCUUUUAGUGUGGUGUAGUUCGUGUGUUAGUGACGGCGUGGCCAACAGAGCGAGGUCGUGCGUUUUGUGGAGCAGGCAUCCGUCACCAGCUGUUUGGGGCGGUGGGAAGGUCAAGUGCAGGUUCGGGGUGGGAACUUCCCGUUUGAUUUUUGGUGAUAAUUGAAGAUAGAACCCUGCAGCAGCUCCAUACCGGAUCACCACAGGAAGUGUGCCAGUAGGCCUCCAAGGACGCAGUAGGAAGCAGAACAGAGAUAAAAAGCCUGUCCGGAGAAACGCUAAUAAUAACCGUGUCCAGCGGAAUCAAUCAAUUAUCGCACGGUCGUUCGAUCGCCGCGAUUGCUGGUCGGGUUUUGGUGGUCGCUUUGCUCAACCCUCCCAGCAAUUCAGGCACUUGUUUCGCUGCCUGUUUCGCGUUCAGUUUUUUUGCCCUACAACCCUCACCGUUGUUGUUGUUGUUGCGUGAAUUGAUCUGAGAGUGCUUUCGGCUCGGUGUGGAAAUAGAUAAAACCUAAUCCGGUUACAGGUCACUGAAAGCUGUUUGGGUGGAAAUCGGAAAAAGAAAUCACCAGAAAUCGGAAGCGAACGUGAGUGAGCGAGCGUGUGUGAAGAAGAAAGCGGGGGGGUGGAAAACUCCCAACGCCCCCUAUCAACAUCGGGCUCGGAGUUGGGGUGGUGUAGCGCGCGCGUGUGGUCAGGCAACGCCAGCCGGGUGGGAUGAGUUUGUUAUGCUAUGGUGUGUUCUGCGAGUGUCAUUGUUGAUGUUGUGGUCGCCUUUGUGCUAUGCUUAAGUACCUGAAAAGUUGAGGCAAUCUGCUCCUGCUCCUGCUGCUCGGGAAAACAGCAAGAUCAACCGUUAUCGAUCGUGACCAUCGGAGACGGACUACAUCACGUUCUAACUGGGUGCCGAACAACCGAAGCUAGGGGCCACUAGACCCGGGGGCGACUCUACAUCCAUAAAGUUGUCCGUGUGUGUGCGGCCGGUGCGUGCGUGUGUGUGCGCCCAUUUUUCUCGUGCUAGUGUGGAAGAAAAAACUCGCCAAGACGUGGGCCGAAAUCAAGAAAGGUCUCCAAUCGCUGUGGAUGACUACGCUUUGCAGCCCUUGGAACCAAGGUCAGCGGGACGAGUAUCCUUCAAAGGCGUUGGCGAACUUUCUGUACUCGUCGAACUUUAGCACCAAAGAGAUGGAUGAUAUACUGGUUGAGGAAUGCAAUAAUAGGAACACCGUCUAUGUGCUGAAUUCCAGCUACCGAUACGGGAACAUGGACAUGAUAGAGCUGUUCGGUACGCCGGCCGGACGCGCGUUGACGGUGAAUAAUAAAACUGCAGCCGAGCUGCGACACGGUCGCCGGUCUGCCGCGGCUAGCGGAAGCACCAGCACCAUCAGCAGUACGACCGAUCCCCAGCUGUGUCCGAGCACGAUCGGUGGUGGUUUGCUGGCCGGUAGCAUCAGCUCGACCAACAUCAGCAGCAUCCGGAUCAGUGGGCACGAUGCCAUCAGCACUGCCGGCCAGCAUCACUUCAUCGAGUCGAGCGAGUUCAUUAGAUUUGCCUCGAGCAAGGGUCCAUCCGCCACGCCACCUGCCAACUCAUCCACCAUCGCCUUUCGAAACAAAUGUAGCAGUAAACCGAUGGCCGACGGUAACGGCACACACCACGACCAACCGACCAGGCGGAACAAUUUGAAAAUGGCCAAAUUUUGGAAGCUGUUUGACGAGGACCGGUUACGGAAGGCUACCAGCACGGAACGGAUAGGCGAUAAGCUUCGGCAAAGUCGAUGGAUUGCAGCAACAGCGCCAUCGCUCGAGCGCCCGGAAACGGUUGACAAAUCUGCGAAUGAUUUGUACAGCGAGGCGGCCCAGCUGCUAGGCAUCAAGUGUUCCCUGACCGACAGCUGUCGGUGCAUAGAUUGUCAGAGCCAAUACUUCGAUUGUGAUGACGAUGUGGACGCAUACUCCGAAUAUUCCGACAAAUCGUACGACCUGGAGGACAAUCUGUUCACGAAUCGAUCAUAUUAUAAUGAUCUCUCGACGGUCCAGCCGACGCCGACGGUGCCAGCAGCAGAUACCUUCGGCAGUGCCGGUGUGCUUGCCGCAAUCAAUGACCGUUUGAAUCGGAACCGGCCCACACACAAUCGGUCCUGGGUUGCGGACCGGCCGGCGGGCGAGGUGCCAGCGGAUGAUGUUGUCAAUGGUAAUGAAUGCCAACAUUAUUUGCAUAGCACCCACAAUCCGUCUUCAUUGAAUUUAUCAUUGGAUGAGGGACAGCGACCACCGGCCAACGAAUACCGCUCUCAAUUGCCAAUUGAUACGUCCGAAAGCGAGCACCGGACGCACGAUGGCGAGCCAGCACCACCACCGGAAGCCGUACCGUCCGAUGAGGAGUGGCCCGGCACGAAGGUUGCAUGAGACAGGACUUUGGCCGUUGAAGCCACCGAAGACGCUGGAGGAACUUUUUCGGCCACCAUAAAGGAGGAAGAAAGCAUCGUGCUGGUGACGGUGGAUGGUUUCAGCUGUACCGAUGCGCCCGGGACGCAGUGCGCCUGUUCGGGCUGCUAGCAUUUUCGAUUCGUUCUGUUUCUCUACACGUCGCCCGAUAGCUACUGAUAGCAAUACUUUGUGCUGGGAAGGUAAGGUGACUAAAUUAGUCUUAUGGGGAGGUGUCGUGGGGCGUUGAUUAAUUUUUUAAAGCUGUGAUUAGCAACGUUGCAAGCAUGAUUGGAAGAUAGCAAAAGAAGCCAGCGAAAUGUAUGCUUUGUUUGACUGCAAUUUAGAGUUGACUCACAUUUUGCUACGACUGGAGAGAGCAGAUUUUGUUGGUAUGAAAGCAAUGAUCGCAUACAUAUAUUUACUAUUGGAUGUUUUCAACUCGAUAUACGUAAAUAUAGUGUCCAAAACUGGCAGCCCUGCACAUUUCGGCAAUUUUAACCGUUAGGCCUGUUGUCUUAAAAGCCUUAAACGACAAAGAAAUUCAGACUCGUAGAGCAUGUUGCGCCGUAAAUGAUUUUUUUUCCGAUGUUCUUUUCCCCUCACCUUUCACAACCUACAACAACUACAAUAACGAACAAAAACUCAAUCCACCGAACGAAACAAUAUCAUUUGUCUAACCCGCUAAACCCAAUAAUCACACAUGCACAAACAUCUAACGUGUUCAACGGUAAGGAUGAGUAACGAAGAGCGAAAGAAUUUACUGACAAAACCCCCCAAACGAAACUGUUAACUUUCCAUUACCAACGGACCAACACGGUUUGGUCAAGACCAAACCCUAACGUACAUGCAGCACACACUUAGCAUAAUGUUUAGACGAAUAGAGCGGCGGAAGGGUGGCGAACGGCUUGAAAGGGUUUGAUAAGCUUGGUUAAAUGACUUGUUAAGGCGCUAGCUCGCUCGCCCUAAGUAUUUACCGACAUCAAAUUAUAUUCCUCGUUGAAUAGGGCGCAGAUGGUAGACUUGAGAUGACGUAUUGUAAAAUGAAUACCACAAAACACAAAAUAUUUGCCAAAACCAACCAAAAAUCAAAAUAUACAAAAAAAAACCCUUAAACUUAACAAUUAAUGUGUAAAUGUCGGUGUCGUGCAGCGUAUUACACGCAAAAACAGCCAAACCUUGUUACAUUGUAUAUGCCUUUGUAUCUUGCAAAGAAACCGAAACGAAAUCAAAGCCAAGUUUAAAUCGGCGGCUCAUGCCAUUGACCUUUCUCCCCCAAAACAACAAACAUCCCAUUACCUUAGUGAGUGAAAUUCUAUUUAUUAUAUUUUACCGAACCUCUAAGAUUCAAGCGAAAACGUUGUUACUACUAACAUAGUGGCAGAUUAUUAUAAAGGCAGCAACCAAAGAGCAAGAUAUUUAAUGUACGCUAAGCUAGGCAAAGGAAUGAGCCAAAACCAAACUGAUGAGGUACGAAAAGAUGGAACCUCGUACCAUGUCGGCAAACGUCACAGGAACCGAGAGUUUUUUGUUGAAGAAGGUGACAAACAGAGCAAGGCGCAAGGUGGGAGUGAAAAGCUAAUAAGCGCGUAAGGUGAAGCUGUUGGUACUGAUGAUACUUUCAAUAAAAGUUUAAACUAUCCCUACAAUACUGUUCACAUUUUAA